CUAUUUAUACAAAAUGAAACAUAUGUACAUUCGACAAUAUCUGGUGGUAUUUGCAAUAAACCUGAACUGCAUCAGUUUCGGAAUGGGCACAAGUUGGGCAUCACCAGGGUUGGUGAAGCUGACUGACGAGACUGAAACCGUACUUGAUAAACCUUUAGAGCAAGAUGAAGGAUCUUGGAUUGUUUCCGUCUCUUUCCUUACUGGAGCAUUGGGGUACGUGGUGUCAUCUGCUUUGGUGGACUUUAUAGGCCGAAAGCAAAGCGUGAUCCUGUCGAGCGUCGUCAGGAUGGCAGCAGCUCUCCUGUUCCUGUUCUCGAGGGAUGUGUGGAUGCUCAUAAUGGGCAGAGCGCUCAUCGGGCUCUCAGAAGGCAUCAUAUUGAGUGCAAUACCGGUUUACGCCUCAGAAAUAGCCAGUAAAGAAAUCCGUGGAGCUCUCGGAGUGAUGCUGCAGAUAUUCACCUCCAUUGGCUCUAUGAUCAUGCUCAGCGUUGGACCCUUCAUCUCAUACUUCAGUCUGAAUUUCAUGUUCACUCUGUUGACCCUCGCGACAAGCAUACCUACUAUAUUCUUACCUGACAGCCCGAACUUCUUAUAUUCUAAAGGCAGAGAAGAAGAAUCCAAAAAAGUUCUAAUCUUCUUAAGAGGGUCUGAACUCAACGCUAAUGUAGAAAUAAAGGAAUACACCGUAAAUAGAAGCGAAAAACCAGGUCUCUUGGCAAUUUUCCGUGAUAAAAUGUUUCAGAAAAGUCUUGGAAAGUCUGGAUUCAUGAUUAUCAUCCUAUUCUUGAUUGGAUUUAACUGCGUUAUAUUAAAUCUUCAGACGAUUUUGGACACAACGCAAACAAAUAUAAGGUCUGAAGUGGCAUCUGGCAUCAUCGGUGCUAUAAACCUUUUAGCAAGUCUUUCGACUCUGAUGACUACAGAUAGGUUUGGAAGAAAACCUAUUUUAAUAUGUACGUUGCUUGGACUGAUUGUGGGAAUGGUCGGUCUAGGAGUAUUCUUUAAGCUGACUGAAAUGGGGGCUGAAGUAUCUGGAGUUUUGAACUAUCUUCCGCUCAUAUCUCUGGUUAUAGUGGUGUUUUGCUACAGUGGUGGUCUCGGAUCCUUAAUCUGGGUUGUUAUAGCGGAACUUUUCGAUGACCGUUCCCGUGGUAUCGGGAUGGCGACCACCCUCCUUUUGGGGACGAUGCCCUCUUUCCUGAUGAUGAGAUAUUUCGCGCCUCUGACAAACAUGUUCGGGCCGGCGCCAGUUUUCUGGGCGUUUGCUGUGUCUAGCGCCGUGCUGGCGACGUUUGUGGCAUUUAGAUUACCGGAGACGAAAGGAAAGAGUUUUGCGGAGAUACAACAAGAAUUGGGGAAUUAA